GCUCUGCGCAGUGCUGGGCGCCCGCCGAGUGGACCAGGGCUGGUGGAGCUCACAGGAUCACAGCGUCCCGGCCACCCUCGGUCAGAGGGCGUUGUAUCCAGCGAGCAAACGGGCGCCCCGAAGCCUUGCGGAGAGGCAGCUCUGGGCUUUCCCAGGUCUAAAGUCAAUACUGAGACCCCAGAUGUGUCCAGUGACAUCCUGAAGAGGCUAGGGGGUUGAGGAGCCUUAGGGUGUCCACAUAGAGAGCCUGAAACUGACUGAGAGCCAGCGGAUUUGUCAGCUGUCUGAGCUUCUACCAAGUCUUCCCCCACCUCAAUCACUAUUGCUAUGGAGACUACCAAUGGAACUGACACCUGGUACAAGAGCGUGCAUGCUGUACUGAAGGCUCUAAAUGUCACUCUUCACAGCAACUUGCUCUGCCGGCCAGGGCCAGGGCUGGAUUCAGGGCCAGACAACCAGACUGAAAAGCAGCGGGCCAGCCUACUUGGCCGUGAUGACAACUCCUACAUGUACAUUCUCUUUGUCAUGUUUCUAUUUGCUGUCACUGUGGGCAGCCUCGUCCUGGGAUAUACCCGCUCCCACAAAGUGGACAAGCGUAGUGACCCCUAUCAUGUGUACAUCAAGAACCGUGUGUCUAUGAUCUAACACAAGAGGGCCAGGAUGGUGGAAGACUGAGACACCUGGGGAUUGUGUCUGGGGCCUCCAGAACUCUGCUGUGGACUGCAUCAGGUCUCAGUGUCCCUAUCUGUAAGAUCAACAAGAAACAGGGCUAAGGGAGGUCAUCACUGGGGUAGGAGAAUAGGGGCUGGCAGACCAGAGCCUUGUGCAUAAGGAUUUUUUUCCAGAAAAAGAUAGACUUUAUAAACAGUGGGAGCCCGUGAACGAACACAUACAAGUAGCAACAGAUAAUGACCAAUAACUGGUUAAGUGGCUGGAAUAUUGGGGGCCUGGUGGUUGGAGAAAGGAGCAUAAAUUGUAGCAGAGGGAAAUGAGACAGGAAGAUGCUCUGGGGACACAUUUUUUAUGUGUUAUCUUCAAUAGUCAUGAGAAGCAGUGAUGAUUAUCCCAUAUCACAGAUAUGACUUACCACCACCACCCCGCCUCCACUCCCGUGAAGAAAGCAGGGCAAGUGCUAUGCUGCCCAUUUGGGCCUGAAUGAUGCCAUGAUUGGAAACCAGGAACUCUGGUCUCCUUGCCUAGUGCUUUUCAAAAGUUUGUGCCACACAGGAAAGGAUCCAGGCCUGAAGGUCAUACAAUCUGGGGACUCUCUUUAAGGAUUCUAAAAUAGCUUACUUUUGCAAAUAUUACAAAAAUAUACUGCCACAUAAGUAUGUUGCUAGGGCCCUUGCUAAGACCUUAAGAAGGAGCUCAUGUGAGUCAGGACCCCGAAUAUUAUGCCUUGUUAGCUCCAUGAUUCAUGUGCUUCUUGAACCAAGUCACAGGGCACUUCCCAGUCACAUCUCCAGCUAGGGGGACUAAACUACCUCCAAAUCAGCCUCUUUGGUUUUGAGUGAGCUCUGUGAGAAAUUUUCUUUUCUUUUUUAAAACAGUCUCUCUAUGUUACCCAGGCUGGAGUGCAGCUACCCCAUCUUGGCUCACUGCAACCCCCGCCUCCCAGGUUCAAGCAAUUCUCCUGCCUCAGCCUGAGUAGCUGGGAUUACAGGUGCCUAUCACCACACCUGGCUAAACUUUUUUAAAGCAGAGACAAAGUUUCACCAUAUUUCCCAGGCUGGUCUCAAACUCUUGGCCUCAAGUGAUCUGCCCAUCUCAGUUUCAAAGUGCCAGGAUUACAGGUGUGAGCCACUGCAACCAGCUAUGAGAUUUUUUCUGAUAUCAUGUUGAAUCUGCUUCUAGAAGACUGAUAUUGCACUUAAAAGAUUAUAUUAAAAGAAGGAGAGUAUAAGAGUCAGGUACACGGUCCAGUGGAAAGAGAAGCAGCCCUGAUUCUACCACUAAGGUGAUGUAUAAUCUUGGGCUGGACACACCUCUCUCAUUCAUUUUCCUCUUCAACAUAAUGAAAUAGACUUGAAAAUUUCCGAGGUUCGAUCAGUUCUGACAUUCUAGGCUUCAUAUACAUUAAGUUGAGCCACAGGUAAUCACUGUGUUUGUAGGUUAGAAACAGCUGGGUAUCAUAGUUUCAUUUGUGGUUCCAUCCAAUACCUGCAAUGUGGCUGUUGAAUAUGUUACAAAGUAUCCCAAAUCUCAGCUAGAACCACCCACUGUUCUGUUUGUCCAGUUUCAACUUAAGGGAUCUCCAUGUGGUCCCCAGAAGUACCCAUUAAAACAUACAUAUUUGUGUGUAACAGAACUCUGAAAUAAUAUUUUGAUAGCAGUUAUCUCUGAGGAAUUGGAUUAUGGGUGCUUUUCCCUUUCCACAUUAUAUUUAUGUACUAUUUGACUGACUUGACCAUAAGCAUGUUACUUGUAUAAUAAAAGGAAAAAAGAUACUUCCACUUUGAACAAAUAAAAAUAAAACCCUUUGGGUUCUUGAAUGGAGGAUCACGGAACACAUUUGCUGCCAUGAGCAGUUAUGUCAAUGCUCUGUAAACCUGCGCUGAGCCCUGUUGCUCAAGCCCUUCCUCAUCUCUUCUUAAGGGAGAACGUGGAGACUUCCUUAAGAUGUGACAUAUAGGAAGACAACAGAUUCAGAAAGUUACAGCUUAUAGGACUUUAGACACCAUCCAGCCUGAACUUCCAAAUAAAAUAUGGAAUGCAAUUGGGUGUAAAAA